AAUUUUUUCACAAAAAUAUUUAAUUUAAUAAUUUCGUUGUUUCGAGAUCGAAAAAAUGGUCAAAAAGAAGAGUGGAAGGAUACUUAACCCCGCGGACGCUCAUCGCAAAGCGAUGCGGCAGAAGGAAAUCAAAAAGAAUAAGGCCGAAAGAAAACGAGUUAGAACACUUGUAAUGGUACAUAAAGAUACAUCAAAACUUGAAGAAGAGAUAGUCCGAUACAAAGCGCUCGACAGAGAAAAGAGAUUGGAUAAAAAUGGAAAAGCUAAAUUAAAAGAUUUAGAAGAUAAAUUUAAAAAGAUAUUAGAGACUAAAAAGGCUCAUGGAGUAAAUUUACAAAAAGAGAAAGAGAAGCCUACAACGAAAGAACAUGUUCCCGUAUAUUUUCACCCAACCUUAAAUCCUUCUGGAUUACCGCCACCCGGUGUUGGUGUCAAAUCUGAGGAAGAGAAAGAAGAUUCUUCCGAGGCAGACGAUAGUGGAAGUGGAGAUUCUGAUAAUGAUUCUGAAGCUGAAGAUAAACAGGAAUCAGAUGAUGAUAUCCCAUUACCUCCAGGUGCUCCACCCGCAAAAGAAUCUGAUGACGAAUUACCUGAACUACCUCCGGGUCCACCCCCUAAAAAAGAAGAAUCUGAUGAUGAUGAAUUACCAGAUUUACCUCCUGGUCCACCACCAAAUUCUAACAUAUCAUCAUAUUCACAUUCUUCAGCUAUGGCGAGGCCAUCCCCGUCUCAUCCACCAUUCGGAUUCAAUCAUCAAGGCUCACCAUUUCCCCCACCACCCGGUACCUUUGUAUUUAAUAGUCCUUUAGCGUCACAGAGCCAAAGACAAAAUGUAAGACCACCACCUCCUCCAGCAUUUGUAUCUGGUAUAGGUCCGAAUCCGUUCUCAUCGCCGCCACCAGCGCCAAUGCAUUCAUUACAAAGUCAAGGUUAUCCUGUGAGACCUAUGGAUAUACCGCAUCCUAGACCUCCACCCUUUAGUUCACAAGUUUCUCAUUACGGACCACCACCUCAGAUACCAAAUAGUAAUAACAACAUAUCUUCACGAACAUUUUCACAUCAAUCAAUAUCAAACAAUACGAAAACUAUUAAUAGUCAGUAUAAUAAAGCUGCAGCAAAUGCUGCGACUGCUACACCAGUUAUACAGGCUGCACCUCAAGUUAGAAAUCUUCAAAAGGAAUUGACAACUCUCGUACCAACUGCUUUACUAAGGAAGAAGGCGGCCGCUAGUAAACCUAAAGUAGCAAGACCUAUUGUCAACGCAGCACCCAAUAUUGAUGAUGGUUUAAUAGAUGAAUUGUCAACUAUUACACCUACUAAAAGAUCUGCUUCUACUGCAAUACCUUUAUUACAAGAUCAACAAAAAUCAUCAGAAGUAGAUUCUUCACAAUUAAAAGGAGGAAUUACAUCAAGUAGUGCACCUUCACCUGCAAAGAAAGCAAAGAAAAAGAAAGCCGAUGAAUAUGAGAAAUUUAUGGCGGAGAUGCAAGAUUUAUUGUAAAUUGAUUGUGUCUGAUUUUUUUUUUUUUUU